ACAACGGCCUCCUGACGCAGUUAUUUGGUGGCUGUGUGUUUAAGGACGUGUGGCGGUGAAAGUAAUGGUUAACUGUAACGGACUUUGGAUGCUGCCGUCCCAAACCUCCACGCCGGUGUACAAGGUCUGUGUUUUGAGUAACGUUAGUAACGUUAGAUAGUAAGGCGGCAGUUAGGUGUCACUGCUCCGCGCUGUUAGUUGAAUCACUGUUGUUGUUGUUGUUUGUUUUUUAUCUCGCUAAAGAGGAAUGCAGCGGCCACCGGGCUCCACUUCUCUGUAAAGCCCAGUCGAUGAACAUGAACUCCACUUUUACCACAGAACCGUGUUUGUUAUUUUAAAAACCAAACGCUCGUUUGAAGUCAUGGCGAACGACUUUGUAAAGACGUUCGUACAGUGGUGUAAUUAUCUCCAGGAGCCCUGUCAUGUAGCGAGGUUUCAAAAUUUCUGCGGCGUUAAAGGGACAUUUCCUGUUAAAGCCACCAAACCGGAGGUCGGACAGUCGGAGCCGGACCGUGCCGGGCUGAGGAAGAGGGUGCAACAAGCGGGUGAAAGCUCGGACGUUAGUGUUGGGAACGGAGCCACCCGGGAUGCGUCCGCACCGCAGGUCAACGGGAUGCAGGGCGACGGUACCGCCGGGCCUGAUGGUGCUGAGUCAGACACCGUCAGGGCGAAACCCCUCCGGAGAAACUCCCUGACCGGAGACGUGGGUCAAGAGUUCCUGAUCCACAACAAGUUUCUCUUCUACCUGUUCACGUUUGGGACUGAGCUGGGCAACGAGAUGUUCUUCAUCAUCUUCUUCCCCUUUCUCUUCUGGAACAUCGACGCCCUGGUCAGCCGGAGACUCAUCGUUGUCUGGGCCUGGAACCUGUUCGUGGGACAGUCCACCAAGGAUAUGAUCCGCUGGUCCCGGCCGGCGUCCCCUCCUGUGGUGAAGGUGGAGGUCUUCUACAACUCCGAGUACAGCAUGCCGUCCACACACGCCAUGACCGGGACUGCCAUACCCUUCUGUGUCUUCAUGCUGACCUACGGGCGGUGGCAGUAUCCCUUCCUCUUUGGCUUUAGUGUGGCUCUCAGCUGGAGUGUCCUGGUCUGUGUAAGCAGAGUCUAUAUGGGGAUGCAUUCUAUUCUGGAGGUAAUCACUGGCUUCCUCUACAGCCUUCUUAUUCUAGCCUUCUUCCAGCCAAUUCUGGGCAAGAUCGACAACUUCUACAUGAUGGACCACUACGCUCCACUUGUGAUCAUUGUGUCACAUGUGAGCUUGGGACUUGUGGCUUUCUCUCUGGAUUCCUGGAGCACCUCUCGGGGUGACACCGCUCAGGCUCUUGGCACCGGGGCAGGAGCUGCUUUGGCUACCCAUGUGAACCAUCAGCUGGGGCUCCUGCUGGAUCCACCGCUGUCUUCACUUCCUCUAACUUUACCAACAAUCAGCACUAGCUUGGUGGUUCUCUCCCUGCUGCGCUUCCUGGUCGGAGUCGCUGUCCUCCUCGUCACGAGAAUGGUUAUGAAAGCAGUGACUAUUCCGUUCUUAUGUCGACUGUUCGGGCUGCCUUCAGAUGAUGUAAGACAGGCGAGGCAGCACAUGAAAGUAGAGUUGCCGUACCGUUACAUUGUCUACAGUGUUGUUGGCUUUAGUUGUGUCUGUGUGGUGCCUCUCUUCUUUAGGAUCUUAAACCUUGCCUGAGUGUUGUGUGCAAACAGUCAUUUACUGCUGACAUGUUCAUCUCCAUGAUGACGGCAGGCUACACUUGGAAACAUGCUGCUUGUUUUGACACAAAAUAAAAUCUCUUGUUUCUGCACAGCAGAAACUAAUUUGAAGGACAAAUAUGGUGAUAUUCUUUGUUUUUAUUGUCAAUAUUCCUCUAUGCCUGAAAGCUCCAUUGUUGUCCGAAAACUAUUAAAAACAAAUCAGUGAGCCACACUGUUGCACUGGGUGACAUGUUUCUUCAUUAUGAUGAGCAUGAGUGCUGUAUUACUGUUAUUUUGAGUUACAUCGAAUAUGUAUCAAUCUGUGGCUGAAAAUAGUCUACAACAAAUACAGUAUUAUUUACUACUGUUUCAGUAUCAGUGGCUAAAAAGUACAGUGUCCUGCUGAUUUAGGGAAUCGCUUUGUCUUUUAAAGAAGAAAAUAAUAUAUUUGUGAACCAUUUUUUAAAGAUUUACGUCCUCACUGGGAACCAGUGACCAGACGGGGGGGAAGCUGUAAAGUAUUAGACGGAUUAAUGUGUUGGUUUUGGUCUUUUUGUGGGAUUUGUUGACAAUAACAGCAAUAUAGAAGAUCACCAGCCUUAUUCUUUUAAAGAUGCACCUGUGGUUGACACAUAGAAGUGUUAACUGGAACUUUGCAAAUACAGAAUCUAUCAGAUGUACUGUAAUAAUGCUUGCAUUCACUAAUAAGAAAUCUAUUGUACAUUCCCAUCAUUUGAUCAACAUAUAUGACCAUAUGUUAUUGAGCUGAAUUCCAUGCUCUUAAGAAUAAACCAAACCAUGAAUCAGCAAUGUGUGAAAUCACUUCACUUCUCAUUUGUUGCCGUAUUUAAAUCAAAUCAGCCUGGAAGCAUUAAAAUACUUACAGGUGUUGGGAUAGUUACGUGAUUUCUAUUUAAAUCUGAUAGACUCAUGCUUUUCCCUGUCUGAGCAGGUGUGUUGUGUCAUUACAGUUAUUCUGUGUUACCAUAGUCCGCAUUAUCUCGUCACCUCCUUUUUGUACAUUUAUGUGUCUUAUUUUCCAAAGCAUUUAUAAUUUUGAUCCAAAUGUAAGUUAAUUACUCUCUGAUUAAUCAUUUUAAAGCAUAACAUUAACAUACCAGAUAUUUUUGAUAACGUAUUUUGCCAUCUUUACUAACUUGGGCUGAAUUGUUGAUCCAACAAAUAAAUGGAUAAAAUCUUAA